UCGCGCUCGUCUAGAGCCAGAGCAAAUCGAUAGUUUUUAUUGUUUAUUAUUUUAUUUUAUUAUUACUAUCACUAGUAAAUAUUUAACUUAUUAAUUAUUAAUAAUAAUAAUUAAUUUAAUAUCUGAGUAAUUAAAUAAUUUAAUUAGUAAAAAAUUACUAACCAAUACAUCGAUCAUCAACGAAUUUGACAGCUCGUUAAUUAAAGUAAAAAAGUGGAUUUAAAUGUCAGCUUAAAUAUUUAUGUAAUUAUUUAAAAAAAAAAAAUAAUUGAAGAAUAAGUGAAGUGAACUUCUGUUAGAUGAAUAAAAAAAAACAAAACAUUGAAAAAAUUUCUAAAAUUAUUUUGUAUAAAAAUGUCAUCAUUUGACGAUCAGACGAAUAAUGUAGCGAGUAGAUUUUCCGAGUUAAGAAUGUCGAGUAAUAAUAAUAGCAAUGAUAGUGAUGCUACGAGUUCAAGUAAUAAUGAUGAUUUUGUUGGUAAUAGUAAUAGUAAUAGUGUUAAUAGUAGUGCUACCAGCAAUGCAAAUUUAUUGUCAUCGCCUCAAAAUAUGCAGAAUCCUGGAAAUGUCACUACGACAUUCUCCUGCACAAGAAGGGCUACUACUUUUGGGUGCGAUGACGAAGAACCCUCGACAUCAACUACUAGCAAUGUUUUAGUUCCUCGUGAUGUACCAAGUAAUUCAGCCAACACUUUGCAUUUGGAAGCGCGUCCACACAACGAUCCACCAGCGGAAGUUCAUCAAAAUUUACCUCCGCGACAACCGCAGCCACAGCUUCAAGCUUCAUCCCAACUGUACAAUUGGCAAGGCACCAAGACGACUAUGAAAGAACGGUUCUCAUUUUUAUUCAAUAAUGAAAUUUUAUCAGACGUUAGAUUUUUAGUGGGUCGAGUUGGCCAGCAGCAACGUAUUCCCGCCCACAAAUUAGUUUUAUCAUCCGGAAGCGCAGUAUUUGACGCGAUGUUCAACGGAACUCUGGCAACAGCAUCAGCAGAAAUAGAAGUACCGGAUGUUGAACCAGCGGCUUUUUUGGCAGUUCUUUUAUUUCUUUACACCGAUGAAAUUCAAAUAGAUCCGGAUACUGUUAUGACUACCCUCUACACCGCCAAAAAAUACGCGGUCUCACCGCUGGAAAAACACUGCGUUGAGUUUCUGCGCAGUCAUCUCACCAGCGACAAUGCAUUUUUAUUAUUAACCCAAGCCAGAUUAUUCGACGAACAACAGUUGGCGGCAGUUUGCUUGGAUACCAUCGAUAAAUUUACGACCGACGCUUUAAACGCCGAUGGAUUUACGGACAUCGAUAUUGACACAUUGAUGGUCGUGCUAGAGAGAGACACUCUCAGAGUUAGAGAAUCCAAAAUUUUUCAAGCUGUUGUCAGAUGGUCAGAAGCUGAAUGUGUGCGCCAACAAUUGCCAGUAACACCUGAAAAUCAGCGAUCAGUACUAGGCCGAGCAUUAUCAUUAGUACGGUUUCCAUUAAUGUCCGUCGAGGAAUUCGCAAUGGGUCCAGCUCAAUGCGGUUUACUGACUGACCGUGAAGUGGUAUCAUUAUUUUUAUAUUUUACCGUAAAUCCAAAGCCGGCAGUUGGAUUUGAAGCUAUGCCGCGUUGCCGUAUGAUGGGCAAAGAAUUAACAGUAUGUAGAUUCCAACAAACAGACAGUCGUUGGGGUUACAAUGGCACUAGUGACCGGAUCAGAUUCAGCGUAGAUCGGCGUAUAUUUUUAGUUGGUUACGGUGUCUAUGGAAGUGUCCACGGACCAGCAGAGUACGAAGUACUUAUAGAAUUAAGUCACACCGCAUCGAGUAAAAUAAUAGCUACUAAUUCAACGAGUUUUAGUUGUGACGGCUCUAAUUAUACAUAUCGUUUAAUGUUUAAAGAACCUAUUGAAAUAAUAGCAAACACUAUUUACACAGCCUCAGCAACAUUCAAAGGCCCGGAUUCUCAUUACGGCACGAAAGGCUUGCGCUGCGUUUCCGUAGACUGUUCUAAUAGUGGUAAAGAUUUUAUUAAAUUCCAAUUUAGUUUUGCCGCCGGAAAUAAUAACGGCACUUCAAUCGAAGACGGCCAAAUUCCUGAACUCAUUUUUUAUACUUAAGCAUGUAUUACUAUUAUGAUUAUUUAAUAAAUAAUUUUAAAAUUAAAUAUA